GGGCGACCCAUCAGGAUGAGGCACCGGUAAAAACUGAAGAAACAUUUUAAGCUUCACAACAAACUUUGAAACAAGGUUGUAUAUGGCUGCGGGAUGCACGACAGACACCCUAGCGUGUCUCAUAACGAGGCUAUGUGUAUUUUUUGUACAGGCACUAAAGGUCUGGGUCCAAAUGUAAUGGCCACACUUUGGACAAGGUGGCUUCUUUCCAUGUUGUUGGCCAACCUGCUAAAUUGUCUUGCUCAAGGUCCUCCUGUUGCUCCCUCUCGUCCUGAGUGCUAUAUCCCAUGUGGUGAGAAAAACAAUUGCGUAGAUAUCCACUGUAAUCCUGGCCUGGACCCUCGGAACUCCACAGAGUACAGCCUGCACUGGGAGCCAGCAGAUAGCGAGGAGAAGCAGGGGAUCAGUGGUAACACUUCGGAUUGGAUUAUCUGUCGCGAACAAUACAACCGCGGGAAACUUCGUGUUCGGGUCCAGGCUAAGAACCAGUAUGGUUCUGCUAAAUCUCCAUACUCAAUACUCAAUACUGAAAAUAUCAGCAAGUGGCCCCCUCCAAAAGUAGCAUCGCAUCAAGACUCCUUCAAAAUUGACUGGACUUUCACCUGUGAUGAGCAGCUCUUUUUGAGACAUUGUGAUGUCCGAUAUCGGACUGAGGCAGAACAAGACUGGCAUGAGGAUGAGGAUGAGUAUGAUCUCAGCUAUACGAUGGACCAUCCCCAGCCCAGCACCGUCUAUGAACAUCAAGUUUGUUGUUCCUGUGGCGAAGACUUGAAGAGCGACUGGAGUGAAAUCCACAGAUUACGAAGCAGAGAGACAGCCCCUGUUGGAGUGCUGGAUCUAUGGCAGGACUGUGGCAUAACUCAGAAAGGCUCUGACUGUGUUUUGACCUGGAAGAAACUUCCUCCGACUUGUGGUCUAAUUCUGGGAUAUGAAGCCAGACUGUCUUACAACAUCGACACUCUGGUGUUGCUGAAUGUGUCUACAGCUGAGCCAAAGGGCUUAUUGGUGUGUGAGGAGAUACAAUGCCACCUCACGUCCUCUCUAAAGGACGUAUCCUCAGUCAGUGUAUCUGCCUACAAUGCUCAGGGGGCCACGGUGCCGUCUAACCUCACUUUGCCGAUACCAGGUAAAGAGAAAACAGAUCAAGCUAUUCACGUUGAGAUGAAUGAAGAGAACCUCACUGUAUCCUGGGAUUCACCCUCUCAGCCCUCAGACAACCUGAAGGAACAUGUGGUGCAAUACAAACAAGCUGACUGUCCUUCAGGCCAAGGAUUUGAUUGGGUCAAAGCUACCACAAACCAAACAACAGCACUUUUUAAAGGUCAAUAUAAAAAGUACACCCCGUACCAAGUGUCACUGUUCACUUUAUCACAUGGCAGUGAAGUCCAUCACAUUUCAUCCGUUAUUCGAUAUUCACUUGAAGGAUCCCCCUCCGCAGUGCCAUCAUUUAAGGCCUUCUUGAUUGCUGCCACUCAAGUGACCUUGUUUUGGGAGUCUGUUCCUCUAUCCAAACAGCGUGGGGUGAUCCUGUACUACCAAAUAGUUGUAUACAGUGGAGUACACAGACACGUUCACAAUGCGAGUGUAUCCCCACAGCAGGAAAAUACUUAUAAGCUGGAGCAUCUCAGUCCAGAGCAGGACUAUGAGGUGCGAAUAAGAGCCGUGACGGCAGCCGGGCCCGGAGCAAAUGCCACCGCAAAGUUCAAAACGCAGCACGAUUACAAUUACGCCCACCUAAUAUUACCAAUUGUGCUUGGAGUCAUUUCAGUGGUUGUGAUAUGCCUCGUCAUUGCCUUAUACAGUAUUUUUGGGCGAGAGAUCAAAGCGUGUCUUCCAAGUUUCUAUUACAAAGUGCCAGAUGCCCGUAACAGCCACAUUUUCAAAAACAAGCACCUGAUUAGUGACUCUUUGGAUUGGAUCUGCUUUCCCCUCUAUGAGCUACAUCCCAAGAUCUCUCUGUUGGAGGUUGUGGAACUCCGAAGCAGGGUUUUUAAGUCCUCCCUGGAAAAAGCCUCCGACCCUGAAGGAUUAACAAGGCUAGUGAUCGGAGAUGAGUGUUCACAGAUGGACAGUCAAGACGAUAAGAGGGAGGAAGCUGUCCCAGAGGAGUGUCACAGGGCAGACCAUAGAUACGGAAGAGAAGAGUACAGCAAAAUGGUUGACUCCGAAGAGGAGAGGGACAGGAAGGAGGAGAACGAGGAAGAUUGCUUGAGCUCAUCAGAGGAAGAUCAGUCAACGUCGGGCUACGAAAAGCACUUUAUGCCCACUAUUUUUGAACUUAGAGUUUGAUGUUUUCUCUAUGAAUGGACUGCAUUUGAAUGGAUUGCAUUUAGACAGUGCUUAAUGACCCCUCAAAGCUCAAAGUCAGAAUUCACCCAUUCACUCACAUUCAUACAGAGGCAGAGGCUUCCUUACAAGGAGAGACUACACACAAGCCAUUGGGAGCAAUUUUGGGUUAAGUGUCCUGCCGUGCUGGGGACCCAACCACCCUCUACAUUGACUUAUCGACAUUCAUCUCACAUGUUUUUUCUUUUUUCUUUGAAAUGUGCAGGACAUGUUUAAUGUAGAAAUGUGAUUUUAGACCAUGACCCUCAGGAAAGGUUUCAGUAGCAUCUCUGCAGGCCCCAGGAGGGUGGGCUCAGGUCAUUGGAAAUGUACCAAAGCUUAUGACAGUCAGACAGUUUUUCUCUCUAACCUGACUUCUACAUUUAAAUAUUACUUAUUAAGCACAUGGCAAUCACUUUCCUUACAUUUCCUUUUUUAAUUACAUCUCAAAUAUAGGCCCCCAUUGUUGUGGGUAAGGCAAAACAACACAUGUGGCCACAAACUGACAAUGUACUGGGGGUGCAGUAAAUAGUAUUUAUUUUAUGAUCAAAUCAAAUCAAAUCAAAUCAAGUUUUAUUUAUAAAGCACAUUUAAAAGCGAUUUUUGGUCGAGCCAAAGUGCUGUACAUGUAAUAAAAACACAUGACUACAAUCACAAUAAAAGACAAUAAAUUACAACAGAUAUUUCAAAAGAAAACACAGGGAAAAGUCAGGAGUCGUGCUCCGCUCUGACUAGAAGGCCAGGGAGAAGAAGUGUGUCUUAAGAGUAGAUUAAAAAACCCCUAGGGUCUGGGCCGACCUCACAUGGAGGGGCAGAGUGUUCCAGAGCCUAGGGCCAGCUGCCGCGAAGGCUGAUCGACACAUUAAUCCAGACUGGACCCUAAAUAUAAAGUAAAUUAGGAAUUGUUUAUGAUGAUAGCACCUUCUUAUACACAUAAUGACAUGUAUAACUCAGGAUACUGUUUGGAAUGUAAGUACAUUUGUGUUACGUAAGUAUGUAUAGUAUGGACAUUUAAAAGGAAAAGCCAUGCUAAAACGUAGUUUUUCUAAUCAGGUGUCCCUGAAUGAAUGCCCUAUCCAUUGGCUGAGGAUGUUUUUGUUCAAUUUGAAUUAUUAACUUCCAGAUAAGCUUGUGAAUGUUGGACAUUUGAUCAUGUGUUAAUAUGUAAAGCAGAAAAGCCCAUAUAACAUACAAAUGAAUUUAAGAGCUACAGGAACUUUUGCUAUUUUGAACCAACUGAAUGUAAAUGUUAAACUGUGAUAUCUGGAGUUAUUUCAUGAUAUAUUUAAAGUGGUCAUUUGAUAUUGCAUCUUUUACAUGAUAUUGCAUUUUUUACAUGGUUUGUAUGUGUAAAUAAAGAAACGUCCUGUAAAAAAGAAA